AUGAUGUGGGGGUCCAAGCUCUCCGCUGUGCUGUCUGCGCUCAGCUUAACGCACUCAGCAGCUCCUGCGACCGAGCUUGAGCAGAUCGCUACCGAAAGCAACAUCAGGCAAGUCGCCAUCAUUGGCGCUGGCGCCGGUGGCUCAUCCACGGCAUACUACCUCCAGAAGUUCGCCGAGGCAGAGGGGGUUCCCGUGAACAUCACUGUUUUUGAGAAAACCGACCGCAUCGGCGGCCGUACCUUGACUGUAGAAGCUUACAACAACCCGCUCGAGCCUGUUGAGCUGGGUGCAUCCAUCUUCAUAGAGGCCAACCAUAUCAUGUACAACGCGAGCCUUAACUUUGGUCUGCCCCUGAAAGAGCCUGAGUCCGGCAGCGAUGGCUUCUUGGGCAUUUGGGAUGGAGAGAAGUUUGUUUUUACACAGGACGACAGCUCCUGGGAGUGGUGGAAUUUGGCCAAGCUCUUCUGGAAGUACGGCACAGCCCCUUACAAGGCGCAGAAGCUCGUCCAGUCGACCGUGUCGACCUUUCUGCAGCUUUACGAAAAGCCUCACUUCCCCUUUCGAUCCCUCACACAGAGAGUCUUCGAGCUUGAUCUCCUGAAGGCGACUUCGGUCACAGGCGAACAGUUCCUUGUCAACAAUGAUAUCGGUGAGCUUUUCGCUCAUGAUAUCAUUCAGGCAGCAACCCGCGUCAACUAUGCGUCAAACCUGAGGCAUAUUCACGGCCUUGAGACCAUGGUCUCUCUCGCACCCGAAGGUGCCAAGCAGGUCAUUGGUGGCAACUGGCAGAUCUUCGCGACUAUGCUCGACAGAAGCAAUGCCACUGUACAGCGAAAUACAUCGGUCACCUCCAUUGCACUGAAAUCCGGUUCUACCGACUCCAAAUACUUGUUGUCCACCAAAGGAGCUCACUCUGAAGUCGACGCCAAUGCAGCAGACCAAUACCCGAUCGCCUUCGACAAUGUCGUGAUUGCCACUCCGUGGCAGUACGGUGAUAUUAGCGUCUCUGAGGACCUGUUCCAGCACAAGAUUGACGAGAUCCCUUACACUAAGCUUCAUGUCACUCUCUUUGCCUCGCCCUUCCGUAUCAGCCCGAAGUAUUUCGGGUUGGCCGCCGGCUCCAAGGCCCCGGACACGGUUCUGACGACUCUCAACCCCGACGACGACUCCAAGGCUGGAUCCGAGGGCGCCGGGAAAGCGGGCUUCUACUCUAUCAGCACCUUGAGAACCGUCACCAACCCGGACACGCUGAAGGACGAGUUUAUUUACAAGAUCUUUUCGCCUGGAAAGGUGACAGCAGACUUCUUGUCGGAAUUACUCGGCGUGGAGGUGCCUGAAUCCAUCAUCCCGGCGCAGAAGAUCAAGGAGAGCAGCCCACGCGUGGUUGAUCCCAUUUCUUGGUAUCACCCUCAUGUUUUCAACUCUUACCCCAUCGAGUACCCGCGUGUGACUUUCCAGGAUCCCAUCUUGAGGGACGGUCUCUACUACCUGUCUGGUAUCGAGAGUUUCAUCUCCUGCAUGGAGACCAGUUCGUUAAUGGGGAUGAACAUUGCCAGGUUGAUUGCCGAUGACUUGUCCGAGGCUAACACUCACGGAAGGAUUGAAACAGAUGACGCACAGGAGAUUCUUGGCCAAGCGGUGAAGGGAGCGCCAGUUGCAGAUGAACUGUAA